AUGUCUAGGCCGAGCAGCGUCUCCCCGCGGCCGCCGGCUCCCGGUGGGGGCGGGGGCGGCCCCGCGCCCUGCUGCCCUGGGGGCGGCGGCCGUGCCAAGGGGCUGAAGGACAUUCGUAUAGACGAGGAGGUGAAGAUUGCAGUCAAUAUCGCUCUGGAGCGCUUCCGCUAUGGGGACCAGAGAGAAAUGGAAUUUCCUUCUUCUUUGACCAGUACAGAAAGAGCCUUUAUUCAUCGAUUGAGUCAGUCUCUUGGUUUGGUUUCUAAAAGUAAAGGAAAGGGAGCAAAUAGAUACCUAACUGUGAAGAAGAAAGAUGGAUCAGAAACAGCUCAUGCAAUGAUGACCUGUAAUUUGACUCAUAAUACAAAACAUGCUAUUAGGAGCCUAAUUCAGAGAUUUCCUGUCACCAAUAAAGAGCGUACUGAACUUCUGCCUAAAACAGAAAGAGGAAAUGUGUUUGCUGUUGAAGCUGAAAAUCGGGAAAUGAGCAAGACAAGUGGGCGACUCAACAAUGGCAUACCUCAGAUUCCAGUAAAAAGAGGAGAAUCUGAAUUUGAUUCUUUCAGACAAUCUCUGCCAGUGUUUGAAAAACAAGAGGAAAUUGUUAAAAUAAUUAAGGAAAAUAAAGUAGUUUUGAUUGUUGGAGAAACUGGAUCUGGAAAGACUACACAGAUUCCUCAGUUCCUUUUAGAUGAUUGCUUUAAAAAUGGUAUUCCCUGCCGUAUAUUUUGUACUCAACCAAGACGAUUAGCAGCUAUUGCUGUGGCUGAAAGAGUUGCUGCAGAGAGGAGAGAAAGGAUUGGUCAAACAAUUGGGUAUCAGAUUCGUUUAGAAAGCAGGGUUUCUCCAAAGACACUUCUGACAUUUUGCACCAAUGGGGUACUGCUUCGUACACUGAUGGCAGGAGAUAGUACAUUGUCAACUGUGACACAUGUCAUUGUGGAUGAAGUACAUGAAAGGGAUCGAUUUAGUGAUUUUUUACUUACAAAGUUAAGAGAUUUACUGCAGAAGCACCCAACUUUGAAACUAAUUCUUUCUAGUGCUGCCUUAGAUGUAAAUCUGUUUAUUAGAUAUUUUGGGAGCUGUCCAGUGAUAUAUAUACAGGGAAGACCAUUUGAAGUAAAAGAAAUGUUUUUGGAAGACAUUUUAAGAACUACUGGAUAUACAAACAAAGAAAUGUUAAAAUACAAAAAGGAAAAACAGCGAGAGGAAAAACAACAAACCACACUUACAGAAUGGUACUCAGCUCAAGAGAAUACUUUCAAGCCUGAAUCUCAGAGACAGAGAGCUAUCCCAAAUGUGACUGAAGAGUAUGAUUUAUUGGAUGAUGGUGGUGACGCUGUCUUCAGUCAGCUGACAGAAAAAGAUGUGAAUUGCCUUGAACCAUGGUUAAUAAAGGAAAUGGAUGCUUGUCUUUCUGACAUAUGGCUGCAUAAAGAUGUUGAUGCCUUUGCUCAGGUCUUUCACCUUAUUUUAACUGAAAAUGUUAGUGUUGAUUAUAGACAUAGUGAAACCAGUGCAACAGCUCUGAUGGUUGCUGCAGGACGAGGUUUCUCAAGUCAAGUAGAACAGUUAAUUAGCAUGGGAGCCAAUGUUCACAGUAAAGCAUCAAAUGGCUGGAUGGCUUUAGAUUGGGCUAAACACUUUGGUCAGACUGAAAUUGUGGAUCUUCUAGAAUCUUACAGUGCUUCUUUGGAAUUUGGAAAUCUGGAUGAAAGCUCUUUGGUUCAAACAAAUGGGAGUGAUCUCAGUGCAGAAGACAGAGAGCUUCUGAAAGCUUAUCACCAUAGUUUUGAUGAUGAAAAAGUAGACUUGGAUUUGAUUAUGCAUCUUCUAUAUAAUAUCUGCCAUAGUUGUGAAGCUGGUGCAGUACUGAUUUUUCUACCUGGAUAUGAUGAAAUUGUUGGUCUGAGGGAUCGCAUCCUGUUUGAUGACAAGCGGUUUGCUGAUAAUGCACAUAGGUAUCAAGUCUUUAUGCUUCAUUCAAAUAUGCAAACAUCUGAUCAAAAGAAGGUAUUAAAAAACCCACCUGCAGGUGUUCGAAAAAUAAUCCUUUCUACCAAUAUUGCCGAAACCAGCAUCACAGUCAAUGAUGUUGUCUUUGUUAUUGAUUCUGGUAAGGUGAAAGAGAAAUCCUUUGAUGCACUGAAUUUUGUUACAAUGUUAAAAAUGGUAUGGAUUUCCAAAGCUAGCGCCAUACAACGAAAAGGCAGGGCAGGGCGAUGCAGACCUGGAAUUUGUUUCCGGCUGUUCAGUAGACUUCGAUUCCAGAAUAUGUUGGAAUUUCAGACUCCAGAGCUUUUGAGGAUGCCAUUACAGGAACUGUGUUUACAUACAAAGCUUUUAGCCCCAGUUAAUUGUGCUAUUGCUGAUUUCCUUAUGAAAGCUCCUGAACCUCCACCAGCUUUAAUUGUAAGAAAUGCUGUACAAAUGCUUAAGACAGUAGAUGCAAUGGAUGCAUGGGAAGAUCUCACUGAGCUUGGGUAUCACUUGGCUGACUUGCCAGUAGAGCCACACCUUGGUAAAAUGGUCCUGUGUGCUGUUGUUUUGAAGUGUCUGGAUCCCAUCCUUACAAUUGCCUGCACACUAGCUUAUCGAGAUCCUUUUGUCCUGCCAACUCAGGCCUCUCAGAAACGCGCAGCUAUGCUCUGUAGGAAACGUUUCACCGCAGGAACUUUCAGUGACCACAUGGCACUUCUCAGAGCAUUCCAGGCAUGGCAGAAAGCUCGAAGUGAUGGCUGGGAACGAGCCUUUUGUGAGAAGAAUUUUCUUUCACAGGCUACCAUGGAAAUAAUCAUCGGCAUGAGAACUCAGUUGCUUGGUCAGCUUAGAGCGUCAGGUUUUGUGAGAGCAAGAGGUGGUGGUGACAUUCGAGAUGUUAACACAAAUUCUGAGAAUUGGGCUGUUGUUAAAGCUGCAUUGGUUGCAGGCAUGUAUCCUCAUUUAGUUCAUGUGGACAGAGAGAAUAUAGUAUUGGCAGGGCCAAAGGAGAAAAAAGUACGGUUUCAUCCCACUUCAGUUCUCAGUCAGCCUCAAUAUAAAAAGAUUCCUCCAGCUAACGGUCAAACUGCGGCCAUCCAGGCACUGCCCACAGAUUGGCUCAUUUAUGAUGAAAUGACCAGAGCCCACAGAAUAGCUAACAUCAGAUGCUGCUCAGCAGUGACGCCUGUCACUGUGCUGUUGUUCUGUGGGCCAGCGAGGCUGGCAAGCAGUGCUCUUCAGGAACCUUCAUCUUUUCGUGCGGAUGGUAUUCCUAAUGACAGUAGUGAUAGUGAGAUGGAAGACAGGACUACUGCUAAUUUGGCAACUUUAAAACUUGAUGAGUGGCUCAGUUUCAAACUAGAGCCAGAGGCAGCCAGUUUAUUGCUGCAACUUAGACAGAAGUGGCACAGCUUAUUUUUACGUCGAAUGAGAGCUCCAUCCAAACCUUGGUCUCAAGUUGAUGAAGCUACUAUAAGAGCAAUUAUAGCUGUUUUAAGCACUGAAGAACAAUCUGCAGGCUUACAACAGCCAUCUGGGAUUGGCCAAAGGCCAAGACCCAUGUCUUCAGAAGAACUUCCUUUGGCAUCAUCUUGGAGGUCAAAUAAUAGUAGGAAAAGUUCAGCAGAUACUGAAUUUUCUGAUGAGUCUACUACUGCAGAAAGAGUACUGAUGAAAUCUCCAGCUCCAGCACUACACCAACCUCAGAAGUAUAAAGAUAGAGGAAUUUUGCAUCCUAAACGAAGCACUGAGGACCGGUCAGAUCAAUCUUCUGUGAAAUCUACAGACAGCAGUAAUUAUCCAAGUCCUUGUGCUAGUCCUUCUCCUCCAUCCUCAGGAAAGGGCUCAAAAUCUCCUUCACCAAAACCAAACAUGCCUAUUCGAUACUUCAUAAUGAAGAGUAGCAAUCUGAGAAACCUUGAAAUUUCUCAACAGAAGGGUAUCUGGUCCACAACUCCUAGUAAUGAGCGGAAGCUAAAUCGAGCCUUUUGGGAAAGCAGUGUGGUUUACUUGGUAUUUUCUGUUCAAGGAUCUGGACAUUUCCAGGGAUUUUCUAGAAUGUCUUCUGAGAUAGGAAGGGAGAAGAGUCAGGAUUGGGGCUCAGCUGGACUAGGAGGAGUGUUUAAGGUGGAGUGGAUACGGAAAGAAAGUCUUCCCUUUCAGUUUGCACACCAUUUACUCAAUCCUUGGAAUGACAACAAGAAAGUCCAGAUAAGCAGAGAUGGGCAGGAACUAGAACCUCAGGUUGGUGAACAGUUGCUCCAGUUAUGGGAACGCCUUCCGUUGGGAGAAAAAACCACAACUGAUUAA